AUGGCCAACCCCAAGCUUAGAGCGCCCAAGGAGAAGGGAGGUGACGAAAGUCUCGAUAUAGAGAGAAGUCGGGCUUCUGUCGCUUGUGUUACGUGUCGUCGGAGGAGGACGAAGUGCAAAAUUACACAAGGGGAGUAUGCAUGUCAGUACUGCCGUUCGAUCGGUUCGCAGUGUGUCUUCAAAGCUUCCGAGGAAAAGAAAAGAAUUGGCUCGAGUGCGUAUAUGGAAGUCCUUGACCGCAGGCUCGAAAACCUUGAGAUCUUGUUGAGGGGAUGGCAACCCGCUGCUUCCCAGAACCACCUGGUGCCUACGGUUGACGAAGCUGACUGCGCGUCUUCUUCACGGUCGGAGGAGUCUCAGCAUGGCUCACCUCUGCGUCACCUUAGCCAUCAAAAUUCGGGAGCCAUAUUAUCAAUCUCCUGUAAUUCUCGCAAUGAGGAGGAAAAAGAUGCUCAGCAUUCGGCGCCAGCCUCCAUCGAGGAUAAUAGAUCAGUGCAUGGGAAGGUCAACAAUCUGCUUUCCACGGCGGGACAACUUCGAUUUUACAAAGGAUCAUGGCGAUAUUUCGGUGCUACAACCAAUUUGCAUGUCUUCCACGAUGAAGAAGAUGAUUUGGUAACUCCGGCCUCCCAAGCGGUUGAACAAAAGGCAACGCGCAUGAUCUCUUUGCUCUCGCUGGAUACACAUAAUUAUCUCCUCAACUUGUUCUGGAAUUGCUACAACGCCAUCAUCGAGGUUGUUCCCCAGACGCCCUUCCUCGAGGGAUAUCGGCGAGGCCCGAGCGAGCACUAUUCUAUCUUCUUACACAUAGCAAUCUUGGCUAUGGGAGUGAGGUUCGCAGACAAAUCAAGAUCCGAUAUCAGCGUCUUGAUGAUUUCAAAAUACGAAUCCACUUUCCAGGUCAUGGCUAAGCAGCUCUUCGAGCCGGCAAUCAAGGUUGGCGGGCUGGCCUCGCUUCAGGCGAGCUUACUGAUGACAGAUUUGGAGAACGGCAGCGGCAAAGAUGUCCUUGCGUGGCUUUAUGGAGGUCGAAUGACGUGUCGCCUUUUCUUCGACCUUGGCCUGAAUCUUGACAGCAUAUCACUUGGAGUGCUUGAUAAAGGCGUUGAGGUCCGCCGCAAAGUUGCGUUGGCAUCUCUGAUCAUGGACAAGUAUGAGUUUUGGGCUUUAUUUCUGGGCAGGCCUACUAGUAUCAAAAGCGCGGAUUUAGAAACCCUCAGUCUGGCCCGAAGCUUUGCUAUGCUUCCUCAGAAACACAACGAAAUCGCAAUUGCAACAAACGGUCUCAUCAAUGAGCACCUAUCCGAGCUCAUGGACAUAGUCGGAUCCAUCGCUGACAGCAACGCCCGACGAACUCGUGAUGUCGAUAGUUCAACGUAUGCCACUAUGGCAUUCCUGGAAGGGCAACUAAGUCGAUGGCACGCAGACCUCCCAGCUUGCUUGCUAUGGAAUCCAACAAACGUACGGGUGGCGUCGCGAAGCUUUUUCAUUAUGCACCAGCAGUAUCAUUCAGCGUUGGUUCUUCUUUACCGUCCAUUUGUCAACUCCAAAUCUGUUAGAGCACUUGGGACCCGGCACGACCCUCUGUCAUUGCUCCUCGAGCAUGGCGUGUGUAUCGCCCAAGCCUUUGUUCAGUCAGCACAUCAAUACAAUAUCCAGCAAAGCUUCAUCUCGUCAUUGCAACAUGCAGGAACUGCUAUCAGCGCUUUCAUCACGACCUUAGUCUACCUUGAGGACCGCAAGAAGAGAUAUUCCGCAAUGAGAUAUCUGCUUUUCAUGUCUACUAUGCUGGAGGAACUGUCGCAUACAUACCAACAUGCCUUACACAUGCACCGUUUAGUCCUCGAGGUGUCUCAACAAAGGGAGUGGAUCAACGAAUACCAAAGUCUUGACGCAGAGUUCAAUCAAGACUUCGAAGACCUGCGGCAUUUCACUGUCAAACUAGGAAGCCCUACCUCUGAAAACACCCAGCCUGGCCCAAUGAACAAGCGCCGAAAGCUCAAUUCGCCGAAUCUAUCAGGCGUUGACGAUGGCACCAUCGAUGACUCUACCAAUUCGAAUACUUUCUGUACGACUUGGGCAACUGCUUCCUCUCGAGUGUCCCAUGUUCAACGACUGUCCGGGAGCGCUGGUCAAGAGAGUCUAAAGCCAGCUCGUGAAAGUUGUUCGCCGGAUGAAAGAUGUGACAAGAAUGGGAAGACAUCGGAAUGUUUCCUUGCUGAAUCAUUUGACAUAUCUACUGAGGACUGGGAAAAUCUUCCAAUUCUCCCUCUGCCGGUGGACACACGGGGAUAUGACUUCUCUUUCGAAUAUCCGACGUCAUGA